CGCUCACACGAGUACUUAUUGCUGCUACUGCUGAUCAAUGGACGGCUUCCAGGAGGGGUUCAAGCACUUCGCCACUGAGGCCAUACACGCGGGACAGGAACCCGAACAAUGGAAGUCUAUGGCAGUCGUACCCCCCAUAACCCUCUCCACCACAUUCAAGCAGUUCGGACCAGGGGAACAUGCGGGGUAUGAAUAUAGUCGCAGUGGAAACCCAACAAGGAAUUCUCUGGAAAAAGCAGUUGCUGCUCUUGAUGGUGCCAAGUACUGUUUAUCCUAUGCUUCUGGUCUGGCUGCCACAAUGAAUAUUGCCCAUCUUCUGAAAGCUGGAGACCAAAUCAUCUGUACUAAAGAUGUAUAUGGAGGCACAAACAGAUAUUUUAGAAGAGUAGCAUCGGAAAUGGGAUUGAAAGUGGCUUUUGUUGAUUGCUCAGACCUAAAAAGCUUAGAAGCUGCUAUCGCUGCAAACACCAAGCUUGUAUGGAUAGAAACCCCAACAAAUCCAACUUUAACCGUGAUCGAUAUCAAGGGAUGCGCUGAUAUUAUUCACAAACAUAAAGAUAUUAUUCUAGCAGUGGAUAACACUUUCCUGUCUGCCUAUUUUCAGCGUCCCUUGGCUCUAGGUGCAGACAUCUGUAUGUAUUCUGCAACCAAAUACAUGAAUGGCCAUAGCGAUGUUGUUAUGGGGUUGGUGUCUGUUAACUGUGACAAGCUGUAUGAAAAACUAAAAUUCCUUCAGAAUGCAAUAGGAGCUGUUCCAUCACCCUUUGAUUGUUAUCUUUGCAAUCGGGGUUUGAAGACCCUUCAUCUGCGAAUGCAGCAACACUUUCAGAAUGCUUUAGCUGUAGCAAAGUUUUUGGAAGCAGAUCCUCGUGUAGACAAAGUUCUUUACCCAGGACUGCCGUCUCACCCACAAUAUGAACUCACUAAACGACAGUGCACUGGUGUGUCUGGCAUGAUUACAUUUUAUAUUAAAGGAAAUCUUGAACAUGCAACAACAUUUCUUAAGAGCCUAAAGGUCUUUGCUUUGGCUGAGAGUCUUGGGGGUUAUGAAAGUUUGGCUGAGCAUCCUGCUAUCAUGACUCAUGCUGCAGUUCCAGAAGAGGACAGAGCAGCGCUGAAUAUCAGUGAUACUUUAAUCCGCCUUUCUAUAGGCUUAGAAGAUGUAGAAGAUAUAAUUGGAGACUUAGAUCAAGCUUUAAGGAGUGCACAUCCUGAUAUUAAAAAUGAAAACUAAAGUGAACAGCGGAUCAGUGAAAUUCCAUUUCUUUUUAAUCAUGGUUUUACAUUUUUCUUCAUCUAUCACUUUCAAGGUGAAACAUAAUCCGGGAACACAAUACAUAUACAACAUUGAUUUGUAAAGCACAGUAUUCUUGUACUAGUCAUUUAUUCAUGCAAUUAUCAGUUUUUUUUAAUUCAGAGAUACACAUAUAUAAAAUG